AUGAUUGAACAGCGAGACUCGACUAUUUCACUCCGGAACGCCUACAAGAACGAGCAUAUUGAAAUCGAGUAUCUUUCCAAUUCAGUCCGUCAUGAUCCACAAACGGGUGAACUAUUUUACGAUAUAUUCAAAGACUUCAGAGGUUUAAUGUCUUUCAACAAAGUGGCAACGAACAAUAACGCGAUGAACGAUAAAAGCAACGCUACAGAAAUGCCAUGUAAUUCGUUGUCUACUAAAUGCUGUCAAGAACAGGAAGAAGAAAAGAUUGUCGAUGGAAACCAUAAAGUUGAAGAAAGACGCGUCGAAGAAGAGAAAAAAAUCCGCUGCGUGAAUAAGCGUCUACGUGAAGAUGAUAAUAGCCACAACACUAAUGAUGAUAACAAAGAAUCUCAGUCCAAACGACAUUUGUUUUCAUCAUUGGACAAUAAUAUAAUAAACAGAGAGGAAAGGAAAAUAAAAGAAUGGGUUGGAAAGAAUGAAUACGAAAUCACUUGUGGCAAAGAACGAAUAAUAAAGAAAGAUCAGAAGGAAACGAAAGCAGACAUUGCCGUGACACACAGACCAUUACCUCUAUCCACAAACCCAUCAUCCUCUUCAUCCUCCUCACCUAAAUUCGCGUUUUCUACUCUACUCUCACAAUAUAGACCUCGCCGUAUAAAAGAAGUGAUCCGUGGAAAAGAGGAACGCCGUCUGCUCCUGGCCGAACCCUGUGUCUGUUGUCGUGACUUCUACAACAUGAUCGCUCCUAUAAAAAUAAACCCAGGAAUGACAAACAUUCCCGAAGACAUUAGACAGAAAGGGUAUGCGGAUGCUGACGAUCUCUGUAGAAUGUACGGCAGGCACAGGUACAGAUAUAGUAAGCGUCAACCGGGUGAUUGGUAUUGGGAUAUUAAUGGUGGGAAGCUAUUCAACAAGGCACAAUUGGAGAGGAUACGAAAGGAGGUGGAGGCGAAUGACAAAGAAUGGGAGGUGAGAAGGAAAAAGGAGAACGAGUACUGGGACAAGAUUAACGCCAACAAUAGCGUAUGGAGUGCAGAUAAUUAG